AUGAAGAUAAAGAAGACAACUAUUGGGGUUGGGGUAUCCCUUGUCAUGGUGAUGACCUUCUUAGGUGCCAUGUUUCACAUGAAAUACACCUCAUCGUACGAUGUACAUUUAUUCCCUCAUAUCAAGAAUAUCAUUUAUCCGAAGAAUUUUCAGUUGUCUAGUUCUUCAGAUUUGUCCAAACAUUAUGAUAUCUUCUUUAACCUUCUGAAUAACCAUGAGUCCAUAGAGAGUAACAUUUUCAGAUAUCCUGGUACGAGUAAAUGGGAUAAUCAGUUACUUAAGGAUCAACCUUAUCAUGAUAAAGAGAUUUUGUUAUAUGAAUACAAAGGCGAAGAUUGUCAAACCAACAAACAAAGACUUCACGUGGAUAUUAGUGAAAGUGUUGAAUUUGAAAGUGACUUGGAAACUAUGGUUAAAGUAUUCAGUGACCAGUUAGAGAAUGAUCCCACUUUCAAGGAGUUCCAGCCCUACUUCAAAGAAGACAUUCCUAUGCAAAUCAAAGUAGGAACUUUGAACAAACAUUGGUAUAAAUUUGCAGGUUCUUCAGUGUGGUUGGAGGAUUAUGGUGUCCAUCUCAUGAUUUCCAGAGUUAUGUAUUCUAUGAAAGGUCAUAAAAGAAAACAGUUAUUCAGUUUCACCUAUGCUCAAGUAUAUGAUGAAAACUGGGUAGAGUUAAAGAACGUUGAGUUGGUUAAUUUCGUUAAUGAUGAAAAUAACGAAAAUGUCAUGAGAAAUUUGAAAUUUCCUUGUUUCUUGCCCGUUCCUUUCUACCACCAUCCUUCCCUCGUGGAGAAGGUUUACUAUGGUACUGAAGAUCCUAGGUUAUUUUUAAUUACAAAUGAAUUCGGUAAGAAAGAACCUUUGAUCAUUUUCAACGCAUACCAUCGUAAAGUCAUCGAACAGAAUUUGAAUGAUAAAGAAUCCAUGAAGGUAAAAUUCGGUUAUUAUAGAUCAAUGUUCCUUUCAUGGCCAUUCCGUUUCCAAAGAGGUAAAACCAAUGUUGAUGGUGUAUCAGACGUGGAAACUCAGAAUUUGGCUUAUAAUCAAGCAGUAGAAUUAAGAAUCACUGAUCACGAUAGAGCAGAAGUUCAAAAAAAUUGGACUCCGAUGUUAAAAUACGAAGAAAGAAAAGAUUAUGGUUAUGAUAGAUAUGUUUACUUCAUUUACAGAUGGUCAAAUUUAGAAAUCUUAAGAUGUAAUUUAAACAGUUUCACCGAAGGAACUUCAUCAUGUGAUUACGAAUAUAAAAGAUUACUCGAUCUGUCAAAAGAUGAAGUUGGACCUUUAAGAGGAGGUACAGAAAUGAUAAAUCUCAGAGAUAUUGUCAAAGAUAAGUCUGUUAAAUUACCUGAUAGGGAAAUAUGGAUAGGUUUCCCAAGAGCUCAUAUUAAAGGAUGUGGAUGUGGUAAAGAUAUGUAUCGUCCAAACUUGGCAGUCAUCACUAAAGAAGCUGAUGAUAAAUAUAAAAUCAGUCAUUUAUCAUCAUUCACAUCAUUAGACGUUGAAGUAUAUGGAUGGACAAAUCCUCAUAUCCAAUGUGCUUCUAAAGAUGCAAAUGUUUUGAUCUCCAAUGGGAUCUCUAAUUGGGAAAUGAAGAACGGUCAGGAUUUCUUAACCUUAUCUUUAUCUGUUGCUGAUGCUACCAACAACAUCAUCCAUAUUAAGAAUUUAUUAUCCCACGUCAUAUUCAGAACUUCUAUUUUGACAGAAGAUACUGGAUUCGGUUACGAUGAAGUGGUGGUAAAUUGUGCCUUGGAUGAAUCUACCAAAUUUUGUAAGAAUUAUGGUAUGGAGAUGAAAAAGUUAGGUAAGUCUUCACCUCCUGAACCUGAUUAUGAUCAAUUCUAA